AUGCCUUUUAUUCCCGUUUUUCUUACCGUCCUUUUCUGGAUAUCGGCCAAGGCUCUGCAGGUUACUCCCAACUCGCCAUGCGCUCAGUUUUGUCACGGCAGUUCUAAGUCCAAGUCGGUUAAAACGCUCGGUGACGAGAUUGUCUGCAACGAUGACGACUUCAAGAAAAAGGCCGAAGGCCAAAAGUUCCAAAGAUGUUUAGCUUGUCUUCAGGACAGCACCUUCACACAAGGGAAUGAGAACGACCAAGAUUGGUUUUUAUACAACAUGCGUUACUCUUUCGACUAUUGUAUCUUUGGUUAUCCCAACGCAACUGGGAUCUCGUCAGGCCCAUGUAUUACAUCAGAAGCGUGCGGCCCUAUCACAAAUGCUUUGGAAGAGGGUAUUACCGAACCUGACGACAGAGAUCAGUUUGGUUAUUGCGAUACUGAUGGCAAAGCGAUGUUCGGCGAUGCAGUCGCCAAGUGUCAAGCUUGCGUCAAGGCAGAUAGUAGCCAGACGAUCAUAUCUAAUUUUCUUGUUGCCCUUGAAGCUGGAUGCCAACAGCGUCCUAAACCAGGAACCACGCUUGGACUCAACGACACCGUUUUCAGUGAUAGAUCCAUCUCGGCUGUUGAUGCCUCCACCUCUCUUACCACUGGAGAUGAUCAUGAGCUCCCCAACACAAUUAUCGCUGCCAUUACAAUUGGAGCCCUAGCUUUCCUUCUCAUCUCUGCAGGUUGCAUCUUUAUGCAAUGUCGUAAGCGUAAGAAGCUCUCUGCUCGCAAUCGACGCUCCUCUCUUUCUUUCCGUUGCCAGACACACCUCACGCCAACAACACCUGGUUUCCGUGACCUGCCUCCAUACAUGGACGAGGAGCGAAACGUGUCUAAGCCGUCGUUUUUCAAUACAGCCUCGCGGUCAAAGAACUCGGUCAGAACUUCAAAAGAAAGCCACAAGCUCGGCAUCGUCACUACCAUUAUCACAAUCCCCCACCCUGCGCCUACGAAAGCUCCUUUCCAUACACCCUCACGGGAGGGUUCGUCCCCGACAGAAAGUGUAUCGAGCUGCUGUACUGCUCCUCUUUUGUCCAAUUCAACAGUACAGCAAUGCAGCACUCCAUGUGUUGCUUCACCACUUUUCAGUCCCGGCCUUUCCAUUACAACACCCCGCUCAGGCACCUUUCCAAGAGAGGUUCAUGAUAGCAAUAAUCCUUGGGUACAACAGCCAAGUAGUGCUACCGGAAGAGGGUUUCUGAAGAAAAAGCAGUCAAGAGACUCACAAGCCCCUACCGAGACACGCAAUAUUCGAAUUGUGUUUGAUCCACCACCUAAAAAGCCCAGAAAAUCUUGA